AUGUAUUACACACCGGAAUUUAACCGUUUAAGCGGUUUGCUUUCCCACUACUUCAAGCUGAUUUACAGGUUAGAAAAGACGGAGGCGCUGCGCUCAGCGAAAGAAAUCAAUAUUCUAGGUGACAUUGCAACUGCCACCAAGCAAAAACGAGGAACUUUAACGUUGGCAAAACGAAUAACUGUGACGGUUGAACAACUGUGGUCAGGAAUGAUCAGCGUUUUAUGUGUGGUGGUGACGAUUGUUUGGGCGAGCCGUGUGACCACCGGCGAACUCUUCUCGUCAAUGGCUAACGUCGAUGCCCUGCUGGAAACUGAACAAGCCGUAGUCGAUAUCAUCGACAGCUACAUCGCAAACGAGAGACGUCGCCUCCUUCACCUCGAACAGAUCGCCAAGGAAUACCGACAACGAAAUUUGGCUGAGCUAAAUUCCGGUGAAGGCAACCAGAUGAUCAUUAACCCGAUCCAGGCGUUCCUGCUGAUUCGCAGGUUGACCGACGAGUGGGCCAACACCGAGCAGCUGAUGCACGCCACCGCCGCCGAAGGAUUUUUACAGAACAUCACUUUGAUGAGGGAGAGAUCGUCAGUGAAGUUUCCGGAAGUGGACGAUUUCGAAGGAGCUGCAAUCGCACUGAUGCGCAUACAAGACGUGUAUCAACUUGGCACGCACGACAUGGCAGAGGGCCGCAUCAAGAACGUACGACGCGGACACCGGAUGGAUGCUUUGGACUGCUUCUCAGUUGGCCGAGUAGCCUAUCAAAAAAGAGACUAUUACCACACAAUGAUGUGGAUGCAAGAGGCUCUAGAUCGAGUGCGUAACGAGUAUCCACCGACCGCCGACGAGGCAGAGAUCCUCGAGUACUUGGCGUUCGCGCUGUUUCAACAGGGGAACGUUCAGCAUGCCCUGCAUACCACCCGCAUCCUGCUUGACAUGCGGCCGAAGCACGUGCUGGCAGCCAAAAAUAUCAAAUAUUACGAAAACAUGCUUGACCCGGAGUCGCAGGGUGACAAGACGAGGUUGGACGAGUCUCGCCUGCCCCCAAUACAGAACCUAAGGCCAAACGAUACCCAUGUGCCAGAGAGAGAAGAGUACGAAUCGUUAUGUCGCAAAGCCGGCCUGCCGAUGGUAUCCGUUCUCGACCGUUCUCACUUCAUACUGCAUUGUUCCUUCACUGACAUUCCUCCCUUUGUCGCCAAAGACCUGUAUUGCUACCUCAAGCGCGAUAUACCGUUUUUGAAGCUGGCACCCAUCAAGGUCGAAGUAGUGCACUGGAAGCCAAAGAUCAUGUUCUUUCGUCGAAUCGUGUCAGACGACGAACUCGCUGUCAUCAAGCAGUUGGCUUUGCCCUUGGUAAUAACUGAUUUACGCUUAAAUGCAUGGCUGCAGGACAAGGACAAUCCGGUAGUGACUCGUCUAACUCAGAGAACUGAAGAUAUGACCGGCCUCAACAUGAAGACUUCUGAGUUGCUACAACGAGGGGAGAAAGAUCCGUACAGAAUUACUCUGGGCAAUCGCAUCGCUAGUGUCCUUUUUUAUAUUAAUGACUCGCAUUCAUUUCAAAGUUUGGGAACCGGAAACCGUAUCGGUAGCGUUCUUUUCUACUUGUCUCAACCUGAUGCUGGCGGCGGAACCGUCUUUCCAACGUUGAAGACCAGUAUAUCCGCAAGCAAGAAUGAUGCCAUAUUUUGGCAUAACUUGAAGCGAAGCGGGGAACCCGACGAAUCGACGCUGCACGCCGCUUGCCCUGUCUUAGCCGGCUCGAAGUGGGUAGGAAACAGGUGGAUGCACGAACGAGGGCAGGAAUUCAUACGGCCAUGUACUUUGAAAGAAAACGAUUAUGAAUAA